GGUGGGAUAUAAUAAUGUGGGAUGGUGGGAUCUGGUGGGAUCUGGUGGGAUCACGUAGAGUGUUCAUAAAUCAGUGUUUAUUUUUAGUGAGCGCACGUCCCGAACAAUUCAAGAGUAUUUGUAAAUAUACGCUAUUCUUUGGCGUAUAAGAUUUAUUUAUUAUACAACAAUCGGUUCGAUAACAGAAGAAUUCUUCUGUCCGACUAUCGUGAAAUGUCAAUGUAAUUUGUUCAAGUACUAAUCGUAUUAACAAUAAGUAAUAAUCGUGUUGAAGAGAGCCGAUUAAUUCCUGAAAGAAGAAGAUAAAUCUGUGUGUAGCAACAUAGCCACAGCUGAGCGAUUGACUUCUGUCUUCUUUCUCUUAGAUAUAAUCGCGUCCCACGGUGCGCCUCGUUACGUUCAUAUUUCAUUUUUAUACAAUCAUCUCAAUAUGCACCUCGCAUGCAAAUGCCUAAACGUGUCAAUCAAGGCGAGGGGCAACGAACUGGAAAGGGUUAAAAUUGAAGAUUACGAACUGACCGCUACCGAACUCGCUGAUCCCUUCUUCCAAGAGAAUGUUGCGACUGUUGGAGAAUUGGAAGGUAUUACAAAGGAAUUACCUGGUUUGGUAGAAGUUCGAAAUAUUGGAGCCUGGGCUGUUCACCGAUGCAUCAAUUGUUCAAUGAAUACCCACGCAGUCCACAGAGAACGGGGUGCAGCACUAGUUUUGAUAAAUACCAAUGUCCUUAAAAGUGCUGAUGAAAUAGCUAAACUAACAGCGAGUCCUCACUUCAGUUCUAUAUUUAGGAUAAUGAUUGACAAUAAUAACAUAGACACCGUAGAUUUUCUGCAACCACCUAAUAAGUUUUCAGUGUCGCAGCUUCCAAGUAAUCUACAAUCGGCUCUUGGCGGUUUGCAACAACAGCUUGAAACAGCUGUGCAGAGGGAAGCUGCUGCAACUGAAGAAAGAGUUCGAGCUUUUUCCGCUGAACAGUAUCAACUUUUAGAGCAGUACAGAGAACAUGCACAUAUGGAGCACAGGUUGCUCGUUGGCCUAAUUUGCAACCAAAAAGAAACAGAAAAACCCGCAACCAUGGAAAUAUCUCAUGCUAUUUCUGACACGAUCCAACCAAAUAUAGCUCAACCAAUGUCUAAUGCACAGAAUACUAGACCUCACACAGUGGCGAGUGAUACAAAGAUCGUUGGCGGACCUAACAUCAGACACCAGGCAGCAACAAAACAUCCUGCUAACCUUCACCUAAGGAGUGGAGCUGACAAGAAAGCAUCGUUGAGACUGUAUUGCAAGGAACCCAGUAGUUACGACACUGAGGCAUUGUUUACAAUUGAAGGCAUGGAUGACUCCGUACCCGCAGAACAAGCUCAACAAUCUGAAGAAGAGUCUGACACUGAUGAUUCCGGCCAUGACGAAGGUAUCCAUAUUCCGCGAGGACAGAGAAGCGGCCAUCCAACCCUGGCCAAAUCCUUGCCAGUCAGUGUUCCUGUAUUUCCCUCCUUCACCCGUCAAAUUCAGCAUGAUCAAGGAGAUGAUCAGCUAUCGAGGGAUCCACACGAUCCACAUAAUAUUCGUGCAUCGAUGAAGGCUUUGGCAAAAAGUGUUCAUGGAGAUACAGUCUUUGGUGAUUUGCCACGUCCACGAUUUUCUACUCAGAUCUAACCUGGUAUAUGUACAAAUCUGUACUGUAUUCUAAUCACAUCGACCCAUUAUUUAGUAUAAAAUAUUUGUCAACUAUUGUUUAACCAUUGAAUUAUUGAAGAAUUUCACCCACAACUGAAAAUAAGUCGAAAAAUUAAAGAUAAAAAGUUUGAGUGAAUAGUUUUGGAAUAUUUUCGCAUGUUUUGUAGUAAAUGAGAAAUUUUGUUUAGUUCAAGAAUGUUGUUUUCUACGGAUUAGGUGUAUAAAUCCAGGAAAAGAAAUUAGAGAAUAUUGUGCGUGUGUGUAUACAAUGCACUUGCGAAAAUAGUAAAAGAAAUACUCAAAAUUAAAUUACGAAGCAGAAAAAUGUUUACACGCGUUACAUACUAUGUAUGUAUGCAUGUAUAGAAAUUGAAGUUGUAUACUUAUAUUUUGAGAAUAGGUAGCAGGCCAUUGGAACUGAUUAAAUUUUUAAGAAUGGCAUAUCGAAAGUGAUCCUGAACAUGAUCAACUCGCGUUCACUUAGUAUUCCAUACAUUUUGCAUAAAUAUACUUAUAAUCAUAGGUAGGUAUGAGUUUAGUACAUGACUUAUCGAUUAAUAAGGUAAUUUUGAAUUAUUAAUUUUCCUUGUGGAGGCUUACGAGUUCGAAUUAUCAGAUUCUUUUCUUUUUUUGUCCCUGCUUGCCAACUGGCAAAGUAAUCAGUGUGUCCAUAUGCAUUGUAUGACGAAGCUCGCUUAUUCGCAUAAUGCCGCGUAUGAUCAUAUUUUUUUAUUGUCCUAUUAUUUUAUCAUCAUAUUUUUAUUGUAAUAAAUUGUAAACAAGUACGUACCUUUUUACGCAAUAUUUUAUAAAUUAUCACAAUCUAAGAGUAUAUCUGCGAUGUUGAUAUGGCCUUGCAGAGAAUUCUGAUGACUUUAAUUUCUUACACGUAAAUUGUUCUUAGUAACCAAGUGGAUGCAUUAUCGAUACUAUCAUAAAUGUGACGUGUAGUCUUGCAUGGACGUGCAGCUGUUUAAAUGUAAACCAUUACUUCCUGAGUUCAGGCUUCUAUUCUGUCCAUGUCUCAAUUACGUUUUUCGAAUGAUACAGACAUGCAUACACGCGGACAUAUACAAACAGAUACAGAUACUCACCCUUCCACUUAUGGAUUUGAUUUUUUAUUUAUUCAAAUGACUGCGACCAGGGGCAGACUAAUUGUGUAAUUUUAUUCUCCGUGACAAAAUUGACAAACUGCUAGAGUGAGUUUCGGAUUAUUUAAUCAGAGGAUAAAGUUACGAAAUACAUUGUUCUGGAGAAUAAUAUAACUGACACUUGCUUGUAAGAAUACCAAGGACAAAAAGAGAGCUUGAAUUUUAUACUGUACCAAUCAUUAUAAAAUUGAAUACCGAUCGCGAUUUUGUGUACAGACCCCAGAGAAUUUCAUUAAUUUUGUAAGCUACUUAAUCAUAAACGUUAUCAUUUCUCAUUUUCUACUUGACUCUAAGUUAUUGUUUUUCAGUGAUGUUCCCAAUAUUACUAAAUACAUUUUGUUCGGGGACACUCCAUCAAAUUCUUUGCAUUACAAGUACUCGUACUAGUUUUUCAAUAUAUCUUUUUAAAAUUACAAAUCCAUAUUUGUGAAUGAAAAUGUAAUAUUAUGUUCUAAAAUGAAUCCUGAAAGACAGCUACUAAGGAAUUUGUGAGAAACUUAUGUCGACAGUAAAGUUUUUACCAUUGUGCCGACGGGUGGUACUACAGAUGAUAUCAUAAAUGUCUUGAUGAAUAUUACUUGCUCUACUAAUAGGAGGCGGCUAAUAAUUAAUGUAUGUGCAAUGAGAAAUCUUAUAUCAAGUGCCGUAUAAAAGGUUUAUCAUAUUAAGAAGGAUAUACGAACAUUACAUUACCCCAGUUUUAGUGUUACGUUGAUGAUUUUUAUUCAAAGGUAAUUGGUUGUAUGUAUAUUUACGCCAUAUUUCGCACUGGAAAACAGUUGCAUCAGUUAAUGACAGCAGAGUAACUGGUUAUGGAACGCUAAUGGAACGUAUUUUGAUAGAAAUUGGGUUUGUAUUCCAAUAAUUUUGUUU